GGACUGGGCUAUCAUUUACGGUGUGCAACAAAUCUGUGAAAGGUUCCAAAAGAGGUCGGUUUGACUGUGCUCUUCGUCUAUGUUGGCCUCGUUUGGUUACAUUAAUGUUGGUGCUACUGUACCGCAGUUCUGCAGAAGGCACGUUCUAUCGAGUGAGACGGAUCAAGGCGGGUUGAGCAGCUACACAAGACACCUUAAAAAAGACUUCUCGAAUGCUCCAAAUGAGGACGAUCUCUGUACGGUGUGCAACAAAACCUGUACAUCUGCCUCUUUGUGGCUUUUGGAUGCGAGUCUGAAGGAUCUUCCCUUGAUGUUACUUAAUGCACAUGGCCGUGCGGCUGGUCGUGGAGUUGACGAUCUCAACCUCCAACAGCAGAAUCUGGAGCGCUCUAGGAUCCGGCGAUCCCCUUACGAUACGCAACAAAACAUGUACUUAACCGCCCUCUACAGCUCUCCUGCCUCCCCUUUGCAUCGUGAGAUGAGCCCGAAACAUCCACAUCCUUCAAGGGUCACAUCGUCGGCCGAGAGUUUCGUGUGGGGUAAGAUGGAAGAGAGCGAGGGUACAAGCCACCGGAGACAGCCUCAAAGCACAAUCCAUUCUGAACCUGUCAAGGCCUGCGACGAUCCAUUUUUCGCGGCAUGCAACAAAAAGCCUCCUCGUCCUUCUCGUGGUAUCUUCCUCAGUAAUUAUUGCUGUCCGGUACUUGGAGGUUCGGAAGCUCAAAUACCCAACGCCCAGGCCCCCCGUCUCAAUAUGUUAACGAACAGCCGCAUGACAGACUUGGGCCAACGCCAUCUCGAACGGUCCAAGGAUGGCGAUCAUCAACCUACGGUGUGCAACAAAAGAAUUUGAACCUUUGUGAAUGGGCGGAAGUAUCUCCUUAAGACAGAUAAUGAGGGGAAGAGCUGAAAGGGGUCUCGGGGAUUUGCCAGAAAUAGUCGUCACAGUGCACCAAAACAAAAUAUAUCCCGACCCUGAGCAUAAAGGGGGAAGAAGGCCGAAACCUCCCCACUUUCCCAUCUCGACGAUGAAGGGAAUCCACUAUCCUGCAUGACAUUUGCGAGAUGCAACAAAUGCUGUUAAAAGCAGACCGGAACACCUUUC